GGAAUGGUUUGGGGUCCUGAAUCUUUGUCGGUAAUUGUUUGGGCUCGUGAUAAUUGUUGGGGUCCUGAAGAUUAAUGUUUUUGGAAUGGUUUGGGGUCCUGAAGAUUAAUGUUUUUGGAAUGGUUUGGGGUCCUGAAUCUUUGUUGGUAAUUGUUUGGGCUCGUGAUAAUUGUUGGGGUCCUGAAGAUUAAUGUUUUGUCUGGCACUUGAUGGAAGACUGGUGAACAGAGGAUUUUGUUGAAUUAUUCAAGACUGCAUCAUCAAAGGGUAGACUGCUAGUGUUUAAGUAACAUUCGAUGAAGUUUGACGACGAAAGUGGUGUUAGUUUGGAAAGACCAUUUUGCCAUUGUGGGAUUCCAGCAAAGUUAAGGAUUUCUGCCAAAGAUACUAGUUUUGGCAGACGGUUUUUCAAUUGUCCAAAUUAUAAGUUCAACAAACAAUGCGGAUUUUUUCAAUGGGUUGAUUUUGAAAUGGAACAAAACUAUUGUUGCAAAAUCACAUUAGAGUUAGCUCAAAGAAGGAACGACAAGAUCAAUCAAGAACGUGUAACAGCUGAAGCGGCAAAAUUUAGCGCUAUGGAAAAGAAGUACAAUGGAACAUUAAAAGUUUUAUAUCUUUCAUGGUUUUGUAUUGUUGUUCUUUGUGCUGUAAUUGUUUUUUAUGUGAACGAUAAUCAUGUAUCACAUGGUUAG